CACUCGCUGCACUUCCCAAUGGCAAAGCCUAUGACCAUGACACCAAAAGCCGGCGUGACACGAGCGAGGAGACAUCCAUGCGUCGCCUUUGUCGCGUUGUGCGCCUGCCUUAUUUGGAGAAGUCCCUCUGCGUGUGGCUUCCACUUCGCCGCACCGAGGACCAGCAGCAGCGGACACCAACGCAGGGCUACGCUGCCCCCCAGGUUGGCGCUUGGACGACCCCAUCAAGCAAGAAGACGACGGCUGUCUUCGGCAUGCGCAAUCUCACGCGAAGGAGGCGCGCGGCGGCGGGAGUGGCUUUUGCUUGCCGAACACGUCGAUGGUGAUGGCCAUGGACCGGAGCAGCCAGAGCCGCAUCCUGCGGAGGUACGAAGGGCGGCGGGGACGGUAACAAGUGCACCGCCAUUAGCGCCUCGGCGGUACGUGGGCGAUGGCGCGGGCAUGGCAGACGAGGGCGGGGUUGGUGGCCCUAAGGGGGACGGGCGGGGGAAGGAGUGGACGGUGGACCUGUGCUGCAAGCGCUUGUCUUUGCUUCACCGCAAGCUUCGGCAGGUGAAGAGCCUGCAGGCUCAGCAGGCCAGGGCCCCCGAUUCUCUCGACGACGCGCAAAGAGUCAAGCUCGGGAGGAAACAGACCCUCCUGGCGGAGAUAUCGGAGCUGGAAGCCCUGAGAAGAGACCUGCGCCAGAAGGAGUGGGAGAGUGACGGCGCAUCAGCGGGGCCUAAGGAGAACAAGAAGUCGCGCCUCCCGCCGGGUCCCUUCGCCGCAGCCAACGCGGCGGGCGGCGGCCACGACACGCGACAGCACCAGCCGGAGGAAGACGAUGGAGCCGAGUACACCCGGGACGGCCUCCGGCUAGCGUCCCCCAAGCGCCGGUUGCAGCAGCCGCCACCGCCGCCACCCAAGCCCGAACCUCCCGCUUCUUCGCGGCCAUCCGCGGGGACCCCGGGAGCGGCGGCGGCGGCGCCGCCGCCCUCGCUGGGGGAUGCCGAUCUGUUUUCCGACGGCGGCGGGGGCGGGGUUUUGGCCAUGGAGGCGUUGAUAAAGCCCUCCAUGGACGGCCAGGACUGGGAGAAGGAGGAGGGUGACGGCGGGUUCAACUGGGAGGAAGGGUUCGAGGACGCGGGGGGGUCUAGCGAAGGGCGGGAGGAAGCUAGGCCGAUGGUGGAGGCUCUGGCGGGGGGUUACCCGAAGAGGCUGGCCGGGCUGAUGAGCUUCUGCCGCGUGUCGGACAAGGCGACCUGCGAGAUCCUGGUCGAGAUGGGGAGGGUGACGGUGAACGGAGUGGUGGCGAGGGACCCCGGGAUCAAGGUGGACCUGUUGACGGACAUCGUUGUCGCGAACGGCGUGGCGGUGACGUUUCCCGGAAAGAUUGACAACUCGGACGAGACUAGAAGGCCUCGGGAGGACGCGGGGAAGCGCACUGGGCCAAUUCCCAAAGCGGAGAAGAACACCUGGAAGCAGAAAACCAAGUACCGCUGGGGCAUGGACGAUGGUUUGUUGGCCAAGCGGACGAGAAGGGCAGCGAACGCCAAGGCGUUCGACAAGAAGCGCCAGACCGGCGGCGGGGGGUUCGACAACUGGUGAUGUUGUCGUGCACGGUGGGGGAUGGGGGUGGGCUCACGAUCGGCGGAGGGAUCGUCGGGUUGCGGGCAAGGCACCGCCGGGAAACAGCGAGGACUUAGGGCCGGGUUGGUGGGUCGUUGUGUCCGAGGCCAGGGGGGAGGGCAUGGAUUGGUUUCGUCGCUUCUUUCUUCUUUGCGGUGAUGAUUCAUUUGGUCGAGAGCACUGCUUUUCCCCCAAAGCUAUUCCGGACACGUCGGUACGUGUGAUGUUGUGGUAGCGCCGGUGUGUUGGGGUGUUUGAUUCUGAGGGUUUGAUUCUGUGGUGCACAACGGCUUCACCAUGAAUGAGAACUAGACGGGUGAGGGAGAUUGCCCCGUCUUGCCGCUGCGCCAUGUUAAGGUGGUCACCUUGGCCAAGGCCGUUUUUGUUUCUUGGAGUGCCUACGCAAACGCGACCGGAGCGGGAUGCCAGUUGGCGCAGUCCAUCCGAGGGUGGAGAACGUGCCCUGUAUUUUCGAACCGUCCAAGACUUUGGAUUGCUACAAGAAGGUCGACUUGUCUCGGUGUGAUGGGGCUAUGAUUUUUCUAGCCUUGUGAUGUAGCCGCAGUAGAGGGAGGUACAUGUGGCUCACCACCGGGCGAGCGCCUCCUUAUUUUUUUUUUUUGGCUGGUCAAGUGUGUCCGUUGCGGUAGUCGCGUUCACGUGUCCGGUGGGGGAAUGUGUCGGAGGCGAUACGGUCGUUGCUCUAUCGCGAACCGUGACGUGAACGGCUCGUUGCAACUUACAGUAGGUUUGCAGCAGAGAGGCAAGUUUAGACGGCCAUGUGCCGUGCACGUAAGUACGUACGUCAUGUCGUGAUUUAUUUCACUUGUUCACGUUGCGAACGAAAUCAUCUGUAUGUCAGCUUAAAAACACACUGCAGUUUUGGCACGCAACUAAACUGCGAGGGUUUCAUCGACGCGUCAUGGUGUCCCCAGCCUGUCGGCAAUAUGUCGUUCUUGUUCCCAAACCUCUGUUCUUCAGAAUCGCCUCUUGCGCCAGCGGCAUUGAUUGAUGACAUGUGCCCAACUUGUUCACUUAUUAUU